GCCCCAAACUCUCCAAUCGAACCUCCCCCCCCUUCUCUCUCCUCUCUUCUCCAUACACAUCUUGGUCGAUCCUCCGGAGAUGAAGAGACCAGUCGACACCGAUGACGAUCCGGCCACCGGAAACGACAAGAAGGUGAAGAAAAUCAAGCCGGAAGAGGAACCGGAGGCGGCGGAGAAACCGGCGAUUGUGUUGAUGGAUGAGAACUUGCUGUACGAGGUUCUGAAGCACGUGGACGCGCGUACGCUUGCAACGGCGGCGUGCGUGAGCAAGCAAUGGCACAAGACGGCGGAGGACCGAGCGGCUGAGCUGAUCUGCACCAGGCACUCCAACAUCGGCUGCGGCAACCAGCAGCUACGCGCCGGCCUCGCCCUCGGCGGCUUCCGCCGCCUCACUCCCUCUACCUCGCCCCUCUUCAAACCCUCUUCUUCCUCUUCCUCCUCCGCCGCGUCGUCAUCGACUUGGCCUUGUUUUCCGCCGAAGCCGCCCUCGGUGGUUCCGGCGAAACCCUCCGGCCGGCCAACCGCCAAAACUCGUUGGAGAAAAGAUGAGGUUCACUUGUCGCUGUCUCUUCUCUCAAUUCGUUACCACGAGAAGAUGAACUUCAACAACGAGGCAAAGGCUUAAUUUUUACCUCUGAUUUAGCUUUGGGUUUUCUCUCUGACGGUGGUUCUAAUUUUAUGUUUUUUUUUUAAAUUUAUAAUUUGCUUGGUAUUUUUAUGCAGGAGUGUAUUAAUUAAUUAGAUCUGUAUCCUAACUACUAACGGAUUGAUUUCUUCGUUUCAUGAUUUCUGUUUAAAAUUAGAAACAUCAUCAUAUAUAUUAUUAUGUAUUAACUAUGUAA